AUGAUUCUGACGUCACCACAUAAGUCACCUCGAACAUCUGUGAAUACCUCAUCGAUAAAGCCAUCCACGAGACAGAAGAAGAAACAUGUCACAUUCGGUCCAUAUCUUAUUGGAGCAACAUUAGGUGAAGGUGAGUUUGGUAAAGUGAAGAUGGCUUGGACAAGGCCCGCUAAAGAAUCCAACGAAGUAUCAAAACAAGUGGCAAUAAAGCUUAUUCGUAGGUCAUCUAUAAUACAAAAUUCUGAAAGAGAGAUAAAAGUAUACAGAGAAAUUAAUGCUCUCAAACACCUUACUCAUCCUAACAUUAUUGGACUAGAAGAAGUGUUGCAAAAUUCGAAAUAUGUAGGAAUCGUACUGGAGUAUGCUUCAGGUGGAGAAUUUUACAAAUAUAUACAAAAGAAAAGGCGGCUAGAUGAACAACGAGCCUGUAAAAUAUUUGCUGAAUUGAUAAGUGGUGUAAUAUAUAUGCAUUCGAAAGGUUUAGUUCAUAGAGAUUUGAAACUUGAGAACCUUUUACUCGAUAGUAAUGAAAAUCUACUAAUAACAGAUUUUGGGUUUGUUAAUGAGUUCCGUAGAGAUCAUGAGCUAAUGCGUACAUCUUGCGGAUCUCCAUGUUAUGCUGCACCUGAAUUAGUCGUUACAACGAAACCAUAUAUGGGACGUAAAGCUGAUAUAUGGUCAUGUGGUAUUAUUUUAUUCGCAAUGUUAGCGGGAUAUUUACCAUGGGAUGAUGAUCCAUCCAACCCAAAGGGUGAUGACAUACCGAAACUAUACCAUUAUAUUACUAGAACAAAAUUAAAAUUCCCAAGUUACAUAUCCGCUGUUCCAAGAGACCUCCUGAGAAAAAUAUUGGUUCCUGACCCAAGAAUAAGGACCGAUAUGACAAAUUUGAUUAAACAUCCAUGGUUGGAGCCAUAUUUUCACCUUUUAUGUGUAAGUGCUAAGGAGUGGGAUCGAAUUAUGCUUCAGAAGAAAAAUAAUGGUAAAUUAAAGCGAAAUUCAACAAUGGUUGCUUCUGGUGCAACAAAUAAUUCAACUGUCAGUAAAUCAGGCAAUGUCCAUGAAACUCAAAAGAAACGUGCAACAUCAUUGAUAAUGGAUACCACAUUCAAAUUAUCUGCAGCUACACAACACACAUACCAAGGGGAGGUCUUAGGUGACCAUACAGUGCGUGAACAAAAGAAAUUAGAACUUGUAGUCGAAGAAGAAAGGCCGAAAAGAAGUAGCUCUGCAGCAUCAGCAGCUCUGAGGGCUGUAGUUGAAAAUGAAGAUGAUAUUAAUUCGGAUAUUACAUCAAAAGAAAAUAAUACAAGUGGAGUAAAUGAUGUAAUAGUAGAACAAAAUAGUGAAGGUACUUCUAAAAAAUCUGACAAUAUUCCUGAAAGUUAUGAUUCUCUCCCACUCAGUAAGCAACUUGAUCCUACAUUUGAUAUUACAAAUAAUGGAGGAGAACACUCUCUCACAGAAAUUGACCCAAAUUUGUUAAACAAAAAUAAAAACAAUAAACUUCACACAAACCAAAAUAAAGAGAGCUAUCGUAAACCAAGGCCUGCUACAUAUCAUUUGACAUUGCAUUCCACAACACCUGAAAAUAUAUCUCCCUCAGAUGAAAAGUUGGAGAAUCAAGACGACUUUAAGCAUCCAUCGAUUUCUGAAAGUACUCCACGAAUUCAUUCUAGUUCAUUAGUAGCAGAUGAUAUAACGGCAUUAACAUCCUAUUCAAAAAUAAAUUUAUCACAAGUAUCAGAAAAUGUUACUACGAAUGACCUAACCCCAUACGACGAUAAACCUUCUUCCUCUUCAGUUAGAAAUAUAAGAAUUAGACCCACUGAAAUACCAAGUUAUACACCUAAUAACGAACACGAACCUUUAUCACCGCCAAGGAAGGAUGUCACAGAAAUAGAUGAAAGUUUUCAAACAACAAAUGAGAAUAUUAUUCUGAGAAAUAAUUUGAAUAAUUCAGUGGAUGAUAAGACCAAGAAGAGAUUUAGCUUUCUUUCAUUCUACUCAUCAUUCAAUAGUUCUAAGACUACCAUGGAAACCGAAGAAACAUCUUCGACUUCUGUAUUAUCUUUAUCCAAUCACCAAAGGAAUAAUUCACAUAUGAGAGAUCGAUCUGGGGCCACAACAUCUAGCUAUCGUACAGCUACAUCUAAGAGUUCUCAACAUCCAAAAUCCAAUGUAGCAAGUAAACACUCAGCACUCAGUAAGGAUAGUAGUAUUGGAAACUCUUCUGGAUCAACCUCAAAACAAAACGUACGAGCAUCCGUAAUGGUUUCCAGUCUACCAAAAAGGGAAACAUCCAAAAUUCAAGAACGAGGCAAUGAUCCAAAUAUGCCCCAUAGGGAAGUUUCUAAAGCAAGAAGAGUCUUGGAUUUCUUUAAAAGGAGGAGUAUGAGAAUUUAA